AUGCUUUCAAAUUUUUUCUAUGCAGUUGUUUAUACCAUCGAAUUUCAAAAGCGUGGAUUACCUCAUGCACAUAUUUUGCUUUUCCUAAGCAAAGAGGAUAAACAACCUGAUUCUCGACGUAUUGAUGAGAUCAUUUCUGCUAAAAUACCUGAUGCCCAAGCUGGUCCAUACUAUUAUGCGAAUGUCAAGGAAUUUAUGGUUCAUGGUCCUUGUGGUAUUGUUAGAAAAUCAUCUCCGUGUAUGGCUAACGGGAGAUGUACGAAAUACUUCCCCAAGAGGUAUAUUGCAGAAACCAAUUUUGAUGAUGAUGGUUAUCCUAUUUACAGGUGUAAAGAUAAUGGUCGUGUUAUCUUGAAGGAUGGGGUGCCUUUGGAUAAUCGAUUUGUAGUUCCUCACAAUCGUUUUCUUCUUUUGAAGUAUGGAGGUCAUAUUAAUGUGGAAUGGUGCAAUCAAUCGCGAUCAAUCAAGUAUUUGUUUAAGUACAUAAACAAGGGUCGUAUUGAUGAGAUCAUUUCUGCUAAAAUACCUGAUGCCCAAGCUGGUCCAUACUAUUAUGCGAAUGUCAAGGAAUUUAUGGUUCAUGGUCCUUGUGGUAUUGUUAGAAAAUCAUCUCCGUGUAUGGCUAACGGGAGAUGUACGAAAUACUUCCCCAAGAGGUAUAUUGCAGAAACUAAUUUUGAUGAUGAUGGUUAUCCUAUUUACAGGUGUAAAGAUAAUGGUCGUGUUAUCUUGAAGGAUGGGGUGCCUUUGGAUAAUCGAUUUGUAGUUCCUCACAAUCGUUUUCUUCUUUUGAAGUAUGGAGGUCAUAUUAAUGUGGAAUGGUGCAAUCAAUCGCGAUCAAUCAAGUAUUUGUUUAAGUACAUAAACAAGGGUUAUGAUCGCGUGACGACCUCUUUUUUUGAAACUGGUUCUGAUGAUACAUAUCGUCCUGUGAAGCCGCUUGGAAUAAUAUUUGGAUAUGACAUUCAACAUAAGGAUCCGGGUGUUGAAAGAUUGAGUUUUCAUCUACCAAAUGAACAAUAUGUGGUUUUUGAAGAUUCUGAGCCAUUGGAACGUGUCGUGAAUCGCAACACGGUGCGUGAAAGCCAAUUUUUGGCUUGGAUGGAAGCAAAUAAAAAAUUUGUGGAAGGAAGAAAUCUCACUUACGCAGAAUUCCCCACGAAGUUUGUAUGGAACACAGAUACUUGGACACUUAGAAAACAAAGGUAUUCUAUCGGGAGAUUGUUUUAUGUUCCUCCUGGUUCUGGUGAUAUGUAUUACUUGAGAUGUUUACUGAAUGUCGUUCGUGGUGCUACAUCUUAUGAAGACAUUAAGUGUGUUAAUGGUAUUCAGUAUGCUACAUUUCGAGAUGCUUGUUAUGCAUUGGGGUUGUUGGACGAUGAUAGAGAAUAUAUUGAUGGCAUUACCGAGGCUUCUUUUUGGGCUUCGGCUCAUUCAAUACGAUUGUUGUUUGAAGCCUUGGCAAGAGAGCAUUUAAUCUAUGUCUCGAAGUUCACCGAUGAACAACACCACGUGUAUGAUACGAUAAUGUUUGCUAUUGAUUCUAAUCACGGUGGAUUAUUUUUUGUUUAUGGGUAUGGAGGCACUGGAAAAACUUUCAUUUGGAAGACAUUGUCAGCGGCUAUUCGUUCAAAAGGUGAUAUUGUUUUGAAUGUGGAUUCCAGUGGUAUUGCUUCACUAUUGUUACCUGGUGGGAGAACAGCUCAUUCUCGGUUUAAGAUUCCUAUCAAUCCUAAUGAAGAUUCAAUCUGCAAUAUAAAACAAGGUAGUGCAUUAGCUGAGUUGAUUGUGAGAGCAAAACUUAUUAUAUGGGACGAAGCUCCUAUGGUUCACAAACACUGUGUGGAAGCUGUUGAUCAGAGUUUGCGUGACCUUAUGAGAGUAUGCAAUGAGUUGAGCAUGGAGAUGUCAUUUGGUGGGAAAACUGUUGUCUUAGGGGGUGAUUUUAGACAGAUUUUACCAGUUGUGCCUAAAGGUAGCCGACAAGAUAUUGUAAAUGCUACUAUUAACUCAUCAUAUCUUUGGAGUAGUUGUAAAGUUUUGAGACUGACUAAAAAUAUGUGA